GGAAGUGGAAAGUCAACAUUAGCAAAGGCCAUCUGCAAAGAAGCAUUCGAUAGACUGGAUGCUCAUGUAGAAGUAAUUGAUUGUAAAGCUUUAAGAGGAAAAAGAUUGGUAAACAUAAGGAAAAAUGUGGAGGAAGCUUUUUUAGAGGCAGCAUGGAGACAGCCAUCCAUUCUUUUGAUGGAUGAUCUUGAUCACAUUGUUGGAGUACCUUCUACACCAGAGCAUGAGAACAGCCCUGAAACCAUUCAGAGCAAUAGAUUUGCUUACGUUCUGAAAGAUCUGAUAAAAGAAGUUAUUUCCAUGGGGAGUUUGAUUGCAUUAAUUGCCACAAGUCAGUCUGAACAUUCCCUACAUCCUUCCCUGGUCUCAGCUCAAGGAACUCACAUAUUUCAGUGCUUCAAAUGUAUCCAAUCUCCAGAUCAGAAGCAAAGAUGUGAAAUGCUGUAUUCCAUAAUAAAAAAGAAACUGAAUUCUGAUACAAAGAAGUUCUCUGAUCUUGACCUCCAAUGUAUUGCAAAGGAGACAGAAGGUUUUGUUGCUAGAGAUUUUACUAUGCUGGUUGAUCGUGCCAUUCAUGCCUGUGUUUCCAACCAGAAUGCAUUUCAAAAUGGCGAAUUGCAUCUGUCAGCUAUGGAUUUUCAGAAAGCUCUAAAAGAUUUUACUCCAUUAGCUCUGACAAAUGUUAACCUUCAUAAACCUAAGGACAUUGGCUGGGACAGGAUUGGUGGCUUAAAAGAUGUGAAGCAAAUACUUAUGGAUACCAUCAUGUUACCUGCAAAGUAUCCAGAAUUAUUUGCAAACCUGCCCAUAAGACAGAGAUCAGGAGUCUUGCUGUAUGGAGCACCUGGAACAGGAAAAACACUGUUAGCAGGAGCAGUUGCUCGAGAGAGUGGAAUGAAUUUCAUCAGCAUCAAGGGACCAGAGCUGCUCAGCAAAUACAUUGGAGCAAGUGAGCAAGCAGUUCGAGAUAUCUUCAACAGAGCUCAGGCAGCUAAGCCUUGUAUAGUUUUUUUUGAUGAGUUUGAUUCUAUUGCUCCUCGCCGAGGUCAUGACAACACAGGAGUUACAGACCGAGUGGUUAACCAACUGUUGACUCAGUUAGAUGGUGUGGAAGGCUUACAAGGGGUUUAUGUGCUAGCUGCUACUAGUCGCCCAGAUUUGAUUGACCCUGCUUUGUUAAGGCCAGGUCGACUGGAUAAGUGCCUGUACUGUCCACCUCCUGAUCAGAAUUCACGCUAUGAAAUCUUAAAAGCUCUCAGUCAUUCUCUGUCUUUGGCAAAUGAUGUGGACUUUCAGGAUUUGGCAGCAAAAACAGAACGGUUCACAGGGGCUGACCUAAAAGCUUUAUUGUACAAUGCCCAAUUAGAGGCAAUCCAUACUAAUUUAGGUUCAGGUUUAACACAGGAUUUUGGUUCUAGUUCUGAUAGUGACUUCAGUCUCUCUUCCAUGGUUUUUCUAAACCACAGCAGUGGCUCAGAUGAUUCGGCAAUAGACGGAGAAGCAGGGCUAGAGCAAUCUCUUAUUUCUCUAGACAUGUCUGACUUGCUUCCUGAAGAUCCAAGGUCCAACAUGUAUCGUCUUUAUUUUGGAAGCUCUUAUGAAUCGGAGCUGGGAAAUGGAACUCCUUCAGAACUGAGUUCUUUGUGUUUGUCUGGACCAAACUCCAUAACUCACGAUUUUACCAGCGUGACUCAGAGAGACACAGCAUCAUCACAACCUUCAAUGCUUAGAACAGCUUCUCAAGAAGACUCCCUGGAAAAUAACCAGGAGCAGCAAAUAGAGCACCUGAGGACAGAAAUCAAUGCUAUCAAAGCCAAUUACAGAAGCAAGAAUGGAGAGGACAGCAUCCCUAAUCAGUCAGUGCUUGCCAAGAACAGUUUAAUUAUUACCCAGUCCCAUCUGAUGACUGCACUUGAGGGUAUAAGACCAUCCAUUAGCCAAGAUGACUGGAAGAAUUUUACUGAACUGUAUGAUAAUUUUCAGAAUCCCAAGAAGAGGAAAGGACAAGUUGGCUCAACAUUCAGACCAGGACAAAAAAUUACUCUAGCUUAGUACUUGUAUUUGCUUGUAAUUCUAAACUGUAACUGGAAAUGACAAAUGUGAUUAAAUCAGAUUAUUUAUAUUCAUAUGGAUUUAUUAAUGCAGCGGUUGAAGAUAAGUUUCUUUUAAACUUACAUGCUGUAAAAUUAUGUCACAUUUUAUUUUGAAGAAAAUUGUCUUCCUUCAGAAUGAUAUUAAAUUUUUGAGAGAACA